AUGACCGUGAACGCGACCGAUGCCGCCGUCGCUCCGGCGCUGCUGCAGUCCGCGUGGGACGCGUUGCGCGCGCACCCGGCGCUGCUGCUGUCCCCAGCGGGGGCCGCGUGCCUCGCGUUCGCCGCUCACCUCUGCUUCUCGGCGCCUUUCCUGCUCCUGGAGCUGCUGGGCGAGCGCGCGCCCUGGAUUGACCGCUACCGGAUCGGGCGCGGGGCGCAAGCGGAGGACCCGCGGCGAUGGUUUCGCUGCCUCGAGCGGAUCGCGUACAAGUACACGGUGGCUGUGCUGCCCUUCGCCGCGCUGCUGCAGCUGCUCGCGCGGAGGAGCGCCGAAGAGUACCGCGCAGCGCCGCCGCUCUUCCGCGCGCUCUCCGAGUGCUUCGCGUGUCUGCUGGUGUUCGACACGCUCUUCUUCAUCGCGCACUACGUCGUGCACGGAAAUCCAUGGCUCUAUCAGAAGUUCCAUCGCUCUCACCAUGUAAACCGGGACACAUUCGCACUGGCUGCCCAGGACUCCAGCAUCGAAGAGCUGCUUUUCCAGCAGGUGCUGGCCGUCUCCAGUGCCAAGCUGGUGGGUUGCCAUCCCAUGAGCGAGAUCUUUUUCCAUUUGCUCAACAUCUGGCUGGCUGUGGAGGACCACUGUGGCUACGACUUCCCUUGGGCCAGACACCGGCUGCUGCCCUGCUUUGGAGGACCUCCCUUCCAUCAGGCUCACCACCAGCACUUCAGAGGCAACUAUGCGCCGUAUUUCAGACACUGGGACCUGAUCUUCGGCACGUCGCUCCCCACAUGCAUGGAAAUAUCCAGCACAUCUGACUUCACUCAGCAAGCGCUUGCCGACUGAUGAGUUGGAAAAUGUGGAAAACAUCCAAUCAUGCAUUAAUUUCUGUGAAGAACUGAAGAUUACCACAAAAAACAUGACUUAAUAUUUCAUUAGUUUGGCAUUUGUGGCCCUUCAUACACGUUUCAGUGCUUGAUCCCAAAACCAGAGGAUCAUCUACUCUGCACCCUUCCAAAUCCAUUGACUGCCUGCCUACUUUGGAUUCUUUCAGCUAUAAUUGCUUUUAACUGUGCAUGAUGCCAUCGUGCAAGAACGGACUUGAACUGCGCCCGGGCACAGCCAAGCGUAGCCUCAGUUUUUUAUCUUUAGCCAAAAGGCUGGCAAUUUGACAUGAGGGAUGCGCAUGAAUGCAGCUGAAGAUGUGAAAAAGAACUCAUUUUUAUCUUUUGUUCUUAUUUCAGAGAGAACUGUUAAAACUCCAUAUGGGCCAAAUGAUAAGGGCAGCUUUUCAGUGUGGAUUUUUUUCUGUAUUUUUCAUAUGUGCUGAAGAACACUUUUUAUUAAAAGGAGGUUUAGAAAAGACUUCCAAUUGGCUUCACUUCCAAGGUUUGGCUCUAUUGUGGAGAGAUCAGAAAGGUCAAAUUCCAACAGUUCCAGGAACUGAAGAGUUCUUCAUUGGUCCUGUUUAAGGUUAAUGUCUUAAAAUGUUGAAUAAAAAACACUGUGCUCAGUUUCUAUACACUCAAAAGUGCUGGGAUAAAACCAACGCUGGGUCACAGACAUUAUAAAUAGAGGUUUAAUUGCCGAAUAAUCCUACAGGCUGGAUUGUAAGAGUGAUACGUGGUUUCUUUUGACCUAGAGUUCAUUUUACCACUUUUACUGUUUGUGAUUUUCACAUUAUACUCGAUUUUAUAGCAUUUUUAAAAACAAUAGUACUGCUAAAUAAUGACAACCUGUUCAAUUAAAAUCAUUUUUUAUUAAAAAAGCAAUAUAAGCAAGCAUUUGUAAAAACUUACGUAAGCUUUUUUAACAUGACGCUCAAUAUUAGCUUUGUAAUCAAUGAAGAAAUCAGUCUGCAUAUAUUCCAGCAUGUUUGCACCAACCUGUAAAUAAAGGACGACCAAAGUUAAACCCUUAAGUGGCCAGAGCUGGACGGCAGGCCCAAAGUUUUAUUGCACACUUCUAUAACCGAAGAACAGCUCAACCUGUUUGCACUGAAGUGUCUGUAGUUACUGAGUAAUAAACCUUAGUAUGUAAUAAGCUUGAGAUUUUAAGGGGUUAAAACUUUUAUAGCCAAACAACAAAACACAUGACAAAGAAUUUGCUCUAAAAACAAUCCAAUGUAUCUACUAGACAUUACGAGAAGGUCAGAUAAAGUCUAGGCUGAUCAAGUUGGCUGGGGUAACUAGCUACUUGGUAGGCUAACAUUAGCUAGUUACAAUGAAUUGAUCACACUGAUAAUGUUAAUGUCUACUUAUAAUUGACCCAACACAAGGAGUUUGACAUACAUAGAGCUACGACUACAGUUAACCCGACAAAACGUAACUUUUAGAACCUGUAACAGGUUCUAGUUCUAGCAAGCUAACAUUAGCUACCUUCCUACAUCACUAACAGAAAAAUAUAGAUUAAUUUUUAAAUAGUUUUUAUUUAACAGUAAGUAGUAAAACGUCUGUAUUUUAUGAAGUUUAUGUGCUGAUUCCUGUUAGCUGCCGUUUAACCAACUCUGCUAACUGACUUCCUCACAUGCUGUUAUUGUUUGAAAACUGACCCCUUGGCUGGGUUAUUUUUCGUGACAUGGCAGAUGGCAUACCCAAAAAAUGCCCAGAAU